AUGCUCGGGAGCGAUGUACUGUUGUGCUUCAUCUUCUACAGCACGCUUUCAAUCUUAAAGAUGUACAUAAUUGCCAUCAUCACGGGCCAAGUGAGACUUCGGAAAAAGGCGUUUGCUAAUCCAGAGGACGCCGAUAGACACGGAGGCGUGCAGUUCUGCCGAACUGAUCCAUAUGUGGAACGCUGUAGGAGAGCACACGUCAAUGACAUGGAAAACAUUUUCCCCUUUUUAUUUCUCGGCGCCAUCUACUCCAUGACAGGCCCCUCGUAUGCAGUUGCACGACUUCAUUUUCUGGUCUUUUUCCUGGGUCGAGUUCUCCACAGCAUCGCAUACCUGUUGGCACUCAAAGCACCGACACGUUCAUUCGCCUAUGUCAUCGCUCAGGUGCCUUGCAUUUCAAUGGCAAUACAGAUACUCAUGGAAGUAGCCUCAUUUGCAUGACCAUCUCAGUAAUGGACUUCUGUGAUUGGUCAAGACUUAUGAUUACAGCUGUGAUGCAGAAUGCUGCUUUAUGGACUUACAGCAUCUCAACAGUAACAAAAUUCACAUUUCACUUUAACAUUAGACUUGAUGAUUUCUGACUGACAAUUAAUAACUCUGUUCUUAAAUCCUAACAUUCAUUUUAGGACUGGACACUACAGUUUGUAUUGUGUUUUGCUAUGUGUAUUCAAAUGAAGGUUAUUUAAUGUGAUUUAUUUUCACAAUCAGGUUUGCAUAUACUCAGCAUAUUUAUAGAUUUGAUACAACAACUUCUUGAAUGGACAUUGAGUCUGUUACUUACAAGACUUUUGGUUCAGUGACCAUCAGCUUUUCACUUUCAUACUGCAAAGCUUACAUAAGCAAUAAUUGCUGAGGUCAGUUCAGAGUCCACGUGACCGUUCCACAGUAACUCUCCAUACUUGUAAAAAUUCCUCUGUUAUUACACCAUAAGCCCUGCAUAGCCCAGGCUUUUCAAAUUUAUUGUAGCGUUAAAUAUACGCCGUUGUGCAAACACUGUCCUUCCUCUUUGUCCACCAGGCUUUGGGUUUACAACAAGAGCACAGCCAGGUGCUUUCACUUUGGUUUUAUCCUCAAGAAUGCUGGUUUUGGUAUAAUGUUAUGGUUGUGGUAAUUCACCACACAGUGCUUGUUAUAUUCAUUUUAAAUAUUUCCUGUUUUCAAAGUGUAACUUAUUUAAAUUUUUAUAUAUUAUAUCAUUUGUAAAGUGAUGUUAAAGUUUUUAAAGAGAAAUGAGAAAAUACUAGUUUUUUUAUAUUAAAGGAAUAACGAAAGGUUUUGUGUUUUCAUGGGUAAUUGUGAUACUUUAUUGAUUCAGAUCAAGAAAUGAGAGACAGUGGACUGCAUACGCAUAAGAGAGAAAUCAAAGAACAUUGUAACAUGGUAGACCCCAUUGUUACUUGGUAAAAAUAGGAAAGGGGAAAAGACUGACAGGAAAAGAUAGAUGGGUUCAAAAACUUUGUGAGGAAGGCGUUUUUGCUUGAUCUUAAAAUUAAAAUAAACCAGACCUCCAGAACUAUCACCGAUACCACAAACGUCCUGACUCAAUCUUUAAUUGGUUUGAUGAAAACACUGCCACCAAUGGUGGAAGUAAAUCAGGAUAAAUAUGUGAAAGGGCAGCAAAAAAUAAAUUUCUUGCUGAAGAACAUGAAGGAAAGUGGGUGUUUGGAUUUCCUUGUGAACCUAUAAUGAUAUUGUCAUCUGAAACAUGGCCUUGCUUGUCAUUCUCCCUAUAUGCAAAUAUGUCUGCAUACAUAUGUGUGUGCUCAGAGAUUAAAUCUACAGAAAUGUUCAUAAGAAAACCUUC